UGACUCGCUGUCAUUCUCUGUUAAGAAGAGAUUGCAUCUGCAUCCACUGCACUUAUCAGAGAGGGAGAAUUAUAUCUUUUUUAAAUAUAACGCAAUGAAAACAGCCCCCGGUGCAAAACAUACAGUGUGUCCAGGAUGGAGCAUUGCAGUAUGGGUAGUCAUUUAUUUCUGAAGCCACGACGGGGCGGAAGCGAGGAUGUUUCCUAAUAGAAGUCAAAGAGGAUCAGCAUCAUAAAACACUGGGAUUAUGAGCGCACGAGAAUGGACCGGGCAGAAGACAGUGGAAUUUUGAGUCUAAAAUCAAUUCUGGAUGAGACUGUUUAGUACCAUUUUCACGUUUUUAAUAGCCUGACAUGUCGGCUCUGGCAUGAUGAGUCCCUGCCCUCAAUACAAUUUAGUCAGCUCCGGAGUUAGUCACUGGAAACUGGCAGAUUGCUACAAUUGUAGCCUACAUGGUUUAUUGUGAAUUCGCCUCUGUUUUGCAGCUCUGGUACUGACGGUAAUUCGAUACAUUGUUCAAUUUCUGUGUAGGCAACGCUUUACAUUGUAGUUAACUACAUUGUAAUAAGCAAGACUGUAUUGGCAUGAAUGAAAUAUGUUUAAUCUUCAAUAUUGGCGCAGCUCAUUUGAUAGUGAUAGGCUAUGUGCCUUUAUAUAGCUUUUUAUGUCGAUAAUGAAUAUACGUGAGAUUGAAUAUUAUAAGUGGGGUAUUGUAUUCGCGUGUUAGAGGCACCAGGCAGGCUACAGUUUUUGUCUCCAUGGGAAUAGAAAAUGCAUGUGCAUAUAAUUAGACUUCACGCCUUCAUUGCACCGGAAUGCACCAUCGUAGUUCUCCUGGCAUAGUUAGCCUACUCGCUAUGACAGGUUGGCACACAUAAAGCCUACUGUAUACAAAUGAACCACCAGACCGCCGCAUCACCGAUGGGAUCAGACUAAAAAUAAAGCUGCGAAUAGGCUACCCAGACUGCGGAGCGGAAACCGGGUUCAUCUCGCGUUUCGUACGGUGGACGCACCGGCAAAGGACUGCAGACCAUAACGGGACACUCCGCUAUAAAGGUCGCACGUGUCGGAUAUUUAGUAGAACUUCUCCUUGGAUUGGGACUGUCUAGGAACAUUAGCCAUAUUUCAUUAUGUGUUGUUCGUCUUCUCCCCUGCGCUUUAUGUAGACCUGCGUACACGUUGUUUGUUUUUUUUUCAAUUUCAGUUCCCGAAGUUCAUGUUUGUUCUCAUGUUAUAAUAGCUAUUCGGGACAUUACCUCAGUCAGAGUAGCCUAGUUGUGAAGAGUGCGACAUUUUGUAAGCACUCAGUAUCCCACAUUUCAGCCACUAAGAAAUGCAACGGGGUGAUUUGAGCAAUAUUCUGGGUAAUCCGCUUUAGCAGCUGUGGGCAAGUGUCGAAAUUUGAAAGAUGAGCUUUGGAUACCAGAGCUUCAGUCAGUGUGCCAGCAGUGCCUGCACACAGAGAAUCACUCAUAAUCUGGACUACAAGUCAACUGAGACAGUAGACUGAGACUGUGCUUCCCAGAUAAACAUUACAGUAAAAAAUAAUACAAAAUUAAAGGACUUAUUGGUUUAGUGUAUUCAGAUUUUCUUUUGAGUUUAAAGCUUAUUCAAAGCCAUAUAAAUACAUAACAAAAAUAGCCUAAUAUUUUACAAUAGCAAAAUCACUUGGUUUGUUACCCAUGCCAUGGUUUGUCCUUUAAUUUGACAUUAAUUAAUUCUGGCUUAAGCAAAACCAACGCCCCAGACCUCUGCCAGUCACUUUUCAGUUAUUUUUUGGUAAAAACUGUUUGAUUCCUUUUUUGUCAACAAACAAAAAAACAUUCCAGUGCCUCAACUGUGCCAUAUUAUCUCAGAGAUGUCGAUUGACGGAGGACCCGGUCAUCUUUGUGUGUGCUCCUUCCACUGCCUGUGUCUGUGUGUGACAAAGGGUUCAAGCAUGAACGAUCAGGCAUGAGACUGCAUACGCGAGGGAGGAACACUGCAAAUAGUGCAGAAGGAAUAGUUGAAUGACACUCCAGACAACAUGGCCCAGAGAGUUAGUUAAGAGGCCUACAAGUCUACGACAGAGAAAAAUUGGUACCCACUACAGAGAAGAGAGGAGUGUGAGUUAUUUCCUGGAGAAAGUGUCAAAUUGGAAUCAGUGCCCGAGGCAAGCAAUUACAUUUUGUAUUGAGCACUUCCUCCUUACUGUGGGAAAUCCAUCCUGAUCUGGAGUUUGAAACGUUGUCGUGUUUUACUUGUUUUUUGAAUACCCUCGCUUUGAUUUCCUCAUUAUUGCCUUUCUAUUAGAUUUGUUGGUGUUAUAGCCAUCUUCAAGCACACUUGGAGUCACUUCACAGGAUGAAAUCCAUCCCUUUUUGAAAUGGGGCUUGUUUCGAAUUGUGCCAGUUGGAAAUUUGUCAGGACUGAGAACACAUGAGCAGGGUUUUCACCCAGCCCUAGACUCCCCCUUUCCCCCAUCCCCCACCCUUAAACUGUAAGCCUGAGAUUGAGACACAAGGCACUGUCACUCCGCUCCUCCCCGUCCCGGGUUCAAAGGGUGAGACCCCCAAGUAGACUGCAAAAGGAGGAUGGGGAGUUCCGCCUCCUCUCUCACCGCGGAGACCGAGUCGGACCACGGCUUCCGGAGCACCCCGUACCCGUCGUCGCCUCCUAUGGGCUGGCUUAGGAACAGCCACAGCAGUCCUGUGUGGGGCACCACCUUCAUUACGCGCCAGCAGCAUCCGCCCCUUCCGCACAGAGAGCGCAGCCACUCUCAGUCCCCGGGCUCCAUGGCGGCGGCAGUGCAAGGCAGCGAGUGGUCAUGCGGCCGCUGCACCUUCCUGAACGCGGGGGUGGCGCCGCGCUGCUCCAUCUGCGAGGCGCCGCGCCAGAAACCCGACCUCAACCAGAUCCUGAGGCUGAGCAGCACCGAGGAGCAGCAACGCUGGGCCUGCCCCCGCUGCACCCUCAACAACCCCCAGGGCUCCGGCGCCUGCACCGUCUGUGGCUUCGGACCCUCGUUGGGCACCCCCACGCCGACCACAACCAUGGCCGCCACCACCAACGGCUUCCUGCCCCCGCCACCGCAGCCUUCGGCGCCAGUCAUGACUCCCAUGGUUCUCCUGGAGCCCCGCGGGCAGCAGCCGGCCAAGGAGGAGGCGCUGAGGAGGUCGGAGAGCAACGGGGAGGUGGGGGGACUGAGCGGUCUGGGUGGACUCGAGGGGCAGCAGCACCACCACUCAGGCUGGGCGUGCCCGCGAUGCACGCUUCAUAAUACUCCUGUUUCAUUGUCGUGUUCGGCCUGCGGGGGACCAAGGAAACUGUCGCUGCCCAAGAUCCCACCCGAGGCGCUGGUGGUGCCCGAGGUUCGCACGCCCGUGCUAGGGUUUCCCGUCCACGUAGCAGGGGCCUCCGCCCCUCCACUCCUCAUUGACUUGACAGACGACUCGCCCCCCGCAGCUGCCCCCUGCGAACCCCAGGAGCCCCCCGACACCAACUUGCCCCCUACGCCACUCUCUUCCCCUUUCACUCCCUUCUCUUCUCUCCAGAACAACCCAGUGCCCCGCAGCAGGAGAGAGGUGCCCCCGCCAGGGCGGCCAACCAACCCUAACCCCAACGCCCCCAGCCCCACUUCGCCCUCCACGGCCUACGUGCCCCCUCCGCCCUGCCCUCCCCUCCGCCCUGCCAAGCCUAAGCAAGCCCAGCCUCAGGAGCCUUCCUUCCCCAGCAAGCGCCUCAGCAUCCUGGAGGAGGAGGACGGCCCCCACCCCCAUCACACCUCCCACGCCCCCGUUACAUCGGCCCCCACUUGGAAGUGCCCAGGAUGCUCCUUGCCCAACCUGAGCGGCUCGUCCAAGUGUGAGGCAUGUCGCUCGUCGCGGGCCGGUGCCGACCUCAUCGACCUGGUGGGCUGCGAGACGGUGCGCUUUACUCCGGCCAGCCCCUCCAGUCCGGACUUCAGCACCUGGGCCUGCUCCAAAUGUACCCUCCGCAACCCCACGGGGGUGGCCAAGUGCUCGGCCUGCGGUUCCUCCAAGCUGCAUGGCUUCCAGGAGCCUAGUUCUCGCUGCUGCCCGCAAUGCGGUCUCCCCGGCCCCUGCUCCUGCUCCUCAGCCUCCACCUCAUCGUCUUCUGGACACAAGGCCCGAAAACAAGCCCGGGUCUACCCCUCGCCCUCGGCCACCAACACCUCCUCCUCUUCCUCAUCGUCCUCGUCCUCCUCUUCCUCGUGCACGCUACUGCAGGAGAAGCAGUGGGGCUGUCCGGCGUGCACGCUGCUCAACGACGUCAAGUCUAAGAACUGUGCGGCAUGCCACACGGCCCAGCAGUACCUGACUCUGCGCAAGGUGGCCAAGCCACUGAAGAGGAGGGAGAGCAUGCACGUGGAGGCACGGCGGCGCAACGACGAGGGCGAAGCCAAGGAACUCUGGGAGAACAUCACCACCUUCUGUCGAGAGAACGUGGUGAACUUUGUGGACGACAGCUUCCCUCCCAGCCCCCAAUCCGUGGGCUUCCCCGAGGGCGACAGCGUCCAGCAGCGAAUCAAAAAGUGGCUGCGCCCUCACGAGAUCAACUGCAACAACUUUAAGGACCGGGGCGUCAAAUGGUCUGUCUUCCGCACCCCUCGGCCCUCGGACAUCCUGCAAGGCCUGCUGGGAAACUGUUGGUUCCUGAGUGCGUUGGCGGUGCUGGCGGAGCGUCCGGAGCUGGUGGAGAGGGUGAUGAUCACCAGGGGGAUCUGCCAGGAGGGGGCCUACCAGGUCAGGCUUUGUAAGGACGGUACCUGGAUCACCGUGCUGGUGGACGACAUGCUUCCCUGCGAUGAGCACGGAUACCUGCUCUUCUCCCAGGCUCAGCGUAAGCAGCUCUGGGUUGCCCUAAUAGAGAAGGCCCUGGCCAAGCUCCAUGGCUCCUACUUUGCCCUGCAGGCGGGGCGCGCCAUCGAGGGCUUGGCCACGCUGACGGGGGCUCCGUGUGACUCCCUGAUGCUGCAGGUCAGCUCCACCAACCCCCGCGAGGAGCCCAUCGACACGGACCUCAUCUGGGCCAAGAUGCUCAGCUCCAAAGAGGCCGGGUUUCUAAUGGGGGCGUCUUGCGGAGGAGGGAACAUGAAGGUGGAUGAUGUGACCUACGAGUCGUUGGGCCUCCGCCCUCGCCACGCCUACUCUAUCCUGGACGUACGGGACGUACAGGGCUACAGACUACUGCGGUUGAGGAACCCGUGGGGUCGCUUCUCGUGGAACGGCAGCUGGUCAGACGAGUGGCCUGAUUGGCCGCAACACCUCCGCCAUGAGCUCAUGGCCCACGGCAGCAGCGAGGGUGUCUUCUGGAUAGAAUAUGGAGACUUCAUCAAGUACUUUGACUCGGUGGACAUCUGUAAGAUCCAUUCAGACUGGCAGGAGGUGCGGUUACAGGGCUAUUUCCCCAGUAGAGCCUGUGGUCCUGUUACAGUUACCGCUCUGACCAUGCUGGAGAGGACCGCGCUGGAGUUCGCCCUCUUCCAGGAGGGCAGCAGGCGGUCGGACACGGCAGACGGCCACCUUUUGGACCUGUGUAUCAUGGUGUUCAGAGCAUCGUUUGGCAGUGGCAACAAGCUGACCUUGGGCAGGCUGAUGGCCCACAGCAAGCGGGCCGUCAAGAAGUUUGUGGGCUGCGACGUGAUGUUGGAGCCGGGCGAGUACGCCGUGGUGUGCUGCGCCUUUAACCACUGGCAGAUGAACGUCAGCGGAGUGGGGCCGCCCACACCAGUGGCGAGCCCCACCAGUGCACGGCGUCCCAACCAGGACUUCCCAGGGCACAUCCUGGCCAUCUACAGCUCCCGUCAGGUGAUGGUGGAGCAGGUGGAGGCUACCGCUACCACGCUGGCCGACGCCAUCAUCCUACUGACCGAGAACAAGGGGGAGAGACACGAGGGUCGCGAGGGCAUGACGUGCUACUACCUGACCCACGGCUGGGCGGGGCUGAUCGUGGUGGUGGAGAACCGCCACCCCAAGUACUACCUCCACGUGUCAUGUGACUGUACGGACAGCUUCAACGUGGUGUCCACCCGCGGCAGCCUUAAGACCAUCGACAGUGUACCGCCUCUGCACAGGCAGGUGCUGGUGGUGCUAUCCCAGCUCGAGGGCAACGCAGGCUUUUCCAUCACCCACCGGCUGGCCCACCGUAAGGCCGCCCAGGCCUCCCUAGGGGACUGGACCCCCACCAAGGCCACGCACAGCCCCCAGCUCACCCCCGACAUCGACGGCCUGCACCGGCCGCGGCCCCUAUGACCACGGCCCCCCUUCACGCACACACACACACACACAAGCUGAUGAUUCUCACGUUGACACACGCGUACGUGAACACAUUUGUGCGGAAAGCGGGGGGCUGUGUGACGCUGGAGGAAACACAUAUGGAUAGAGGGAGGGGGUUGAUUGUGGAGACAUCCGUGGGAAGGAUGACUGGAUGAGUACUGGAGGUUUUCUUCCUCUUCCUCUUCUUCCUCCUCAAUCCAUGAAUGAUGGGGACUCGAUCCUGCCAAACCACCUGGAUCCAGUUGGGAAGGAGGAGAGUGGGUGGAUGUGCCAUGUUGGAUGAGAUGGGAGAUGAGGGAGCCCUCCCAGGUGACGUCAGUGUUUCUAGAGGGGUCCUGAGCCUGAGACCCUCCAACCAACCAGGAAGGAUUCUAGACCUAGCCUCGUCAACUACGACACUGUACUGUUUGUCUGUCUGUGGACCAGGGAUAUUACCCAGACAGACACCCUGACCAGAACAGACCAGCGCCCGUUCUUUCUCUAACCCCCAACAGAUGUCAACGAAACGCCCAGGAACACUGACUGUUGACCCCACAUCCCAAAGGCUAAAGGUCAUUCAGAGGCCAGGGUGGAGUGCUGUAACUGCUGAGCCACCUGGUGGCUGUUUCCCCACAGAGCCAAUCAACCACGCUGACCCGACCUCACUGUUCUUGGUCUAUGGACCCACCCCACCAUACUCGAGGUAGAAGUUGCCUUGAGCUGGUCUAGGAUCAGCUUCCCCUCCUCAAAGCCUCACUCCCAAUAGGCGCUGCUGUGUGAGGUUUAGUUUGGGAUGGGGAUGGAGGGGGAGGGUUAGGUGCUCUCUCCCCCAAGCCCCCUGUCCUGCCACCUGUACCCUGCACCUUUGGAGCUGUCAACUAUCAACAGGAUUGGGAAGGGGGG